AUGUCGACAAUGAGAUAUCUCUUGGUAACGGCAUGGCUCGCGAGUCGCUCAACUCCAAGCAGAGCAUCUUUGCUCAACGCAGACGAGGGAAUCGACAGCACCAUUAACGAUGAAGAUGAACGACUUGGAAAGGGGAAGGGCAAGGGAAAAGGGAAAGGAAAGGGUAAAAGCAGAGACCAAGGUCCGUCUGUAAACCCAGAGUUGGAGCUUGCACCCGGCACCAACACCGAACCCUUGCCCGCCGUACUUGGACCGGGCCGAGUCGACGCACCUACCGACGGAACCAUCAACAACGGCUUGGAAGAAGCCAAAGGUGGCGGAGGAAGAGAAGGCGUGACAGCUGAGGAACCACCACCACCUCCCCCGCCGCCAGAGGAGCCUCCUCAUCAAGAGCCUCCUCCGCCUCCUCCACCUCCUGAGGAGCCGCCGCCGCCGCCGCCGCCGCCCCCUCCGCCACCACCUCCCCCGGAGCAACCACAACCUCCACCACCACCACCACCCCCUCCUCUGCAGACCACUCCCCAGGCGCCCCCUCCGACAACUUCUUCACAGAUCAGACCAUCUCCGACGACGUCUCUACUUGUUCCUGUAUUUUCUACUUCACGACCAGUGGCUUCCGUUCUCAACACCCGUUUUCUCUGUGCCGAGCUUCCCUCAACCGAGUUCACCACCGUCAAGGCCGCCACCGCAGAUUCAUCCACGUCUAUCGUUGUACUGCCGCCGCCGCCGCCUUCGCCUCCCACGACAAAUCCGCCUGUCCAGACGUUACCGCCUGCUCAACCAACUGAUGCCGGUAGCAGACCUCCAGUCUCUCCGGCGCCGGCUGCACCAAGCUCAACCUCGUUGACGGACCAGCAAGGGGUCAUGACUGGCAACGCACAGAACUUCGAGGGCGACCGAAGCCUCGUCAUCGCCCUCAGUACCGUACUCUCGGUACUUGGAGUUGCGCUCAUCGUCCUCACCAUUUGCCUAUGCUACCGCUACCGCUACGGCCGUCUCCCUCUCGCCCCUUGGCGCAGAAGGGGCCCAUUCAGUCAACGCGGAUGUACGCCCAUUGACGACGAGGAGAUUGAGUCUUGGAAGGCCAAUCGAGCCAUUGAGAAAUCGACGACGAUCGUCAUUGACAAGCACGAUCCGGCCCCCACUGUCCGCAAGCCGCCCAGCGUGAUCGUCUACCAGAAUCACCACCACUCGAACCAGUCUCGUGCCUCGUCCGAGACUUCCCCUCGUUCUCUGUAUCACAAGCGCAGUAUGGACAAGAAGAGUAUGGAUGUUCCGAACACUCCCGUCCUCGCUCGGGCGCCCAAUGCUCGCGUCGGUCUGACUGACGACACAAUCGAGGGAGACGCCGCCUUCCUCCCUUCACCGAAGCGCCAAAACUCGAGGCUUUCCAAACUGCCACCACUCUCACCCCGCAAUGGGCACGGCAGACACCGCAGCUCCCGCAGCAGUGCCAGCGUUGGCAGCCUACGAGACCACUGGUUCGGCUACCAGACCGAUGUGGAGCUCUCGCCACGAGGCUCCAUCGACCAUUACGCCCACAUGCCUUCAUCUGCGCACUCUGAUGGUAGGCACCAGCGGAUCUACUCCGACUCCUCGAUCCCUCCGCGGCUGUCUCUCGACGAGGAAGUACGCAUGGGUGGCCUCUCCCCCCGACCCUAUCUCCGGCAAUCUGAGAUUGGCAUUGCCGUAGGCUGA